CCCCACGCCCGCCUCGCUUCCUCUCAUCGCAUGAGUUGACAUGGAUAGAAAAGAGCAGAAGCUUUGAACUGUCCCAACAGACUCCAGUCCUACCGAAGGGAGACAAGUGGAGUGGAUAACCCAGUCAGACGAGAUCGCUAAUUAGACUACACACAGACUCGAAUACAUCGCUACAGUCAGUCCUCUCAUGCACCGUCCCGUUUCAUCUGUCGCCUCUGUCGUUAUUAUAUGAUUAUUAUUGCGGCCGCUCGCACCUUGUUAUUCCGGUGGGGAGUAAAUCUAUAUGGCCGCGACGCUGAUCACGAUGAGCGCUGGGACCGGGACCGGGCAGGACGAGAUGUUCUACACCCUGCUCAAGCCCAUGCUUUCGGAAGGCUUCCCGGCCGAGGAAUCGGCUCUGUUCGGUUUCGAUACCAAGAACCUACUGACGGAAAGGAGUGGACAGAGUGAAUACGCGCACCAGACAGGGAAGAGUGAACUGGAUAAGUACCUCUCCCCCCAGACGCCGCUCCUGAUGUCCCAUCCUGACCCUCCAGAGCAGAACAAGUCUCGGCGGGACAGUGCCUCUGUGAUGGAUCACUUCUUUGGCGACGACCAGGGCGGAUCUCCUUACAGCAUCAACAUGAACGUCUUCCUACCCGACCUGGCAUACCUGAGGAUGGGCUUGUGUCGGCCGGCACGCCCAGGGCCUGGGGGUAACGGUGGAGGCAUGGGCCAGCAGGUCAAAACAGAACCCCCUGCCUCCUCUCCCUUCACCCAUCCUCACCCUCACUGCCCCAGCAGUAGCGUCCACAGUAACAGCAUCAGCCUUUCCACGGUAACGUCGGUGUCUUCUUCGUUACCAGAGUUCACUAGCGUGUUCAGCCCGUCGGGUGGUGGUGACCCGACCUCUGACGCCGUGGCAACGGGCGGUUCUGUUUACGUGAAGGAGGAGCUGGGGUCGUUCGAUCUGCCUCACGACGACUCUCUGUUCCAGUUGCUCUCUGCGGAGCUGGACUCCGCCCCUCUCGCGCCCAUGCAUCACCAUGGCAACAAUGCUCAUCACCGGGCGGGGCAGCAUCACGGAGGUUCCGGUCCCUCGCCCAUCAUGCACACCUUCCACGACCUACACUUAGCCGCCCAGGCCCAGCAGCAACACCAACAACUACAGAGUGCCAAGGCAAGCUACUGUGGUGGGCUGCACAACGUGGGAGGGGCCUACCCUCACCCUCACUUCCUCCAGCAGCCCCAGCACCAUCAGGCCAAGGCCCCCUACCUGCCCCCCUCUCCUCCCAGCUCAGAGCCCAGCUCCCCAGAUCGUCAGAAGGACCUCCUUCAGAACCUCUCCCCUCCCCCUUCCUAUGCCGCCACUAUCGCCUCCAAGCUGGGAGUCAGCGUCUCCCCCAGUCUUUCCCCCACCGGUGUGGCUCGGCCCCCAGCCUCAAGUCUAACUCCAGCCCCAGGCUCCGGCCCAGCUCCAAGCCUGAACCAGUCCAUGCAGGUCCGCUACAACCGCAGGACCAACCCAGACCUGGAGAAGAGGAGGAUACACCACUGUGACUUCCCAGGAUGUAAGAAAGUGUACACCAAGUCUUCCCAUCUGAAAGCCCACCUGAGGACCCACACUGGUGAGAAGCCGUACAGGUGUUCGUGGGAUGGAUGUGACUGGCGUUUCGCCCGUUCUGAUGAGUUGACUCGUCACUUCAGGAAACACACAGGGGCCAAACCGUUCCAAUGCUCUGUCUGCUCUCGCUCCUUCUCCCGAUCGGAUCACCUGGCCCUGCAUAUGAAGAGGCACCAGAACUAAGACACACACAAAACACUAGCUUGAAUCACAAGGACAUGCACUCAAAUCAGGAAACGUUCAACCUAAACUGUACAGUGGUACAAAACCACUUUUCUGGAAGAUACCUUAUAGUCUUUAUCUUGGCCAGGUCGCAGUUGUAAAUGACAACUCGACUGGCCUACCUGGUUAAAUAAAGGUGAAAUUAAAUUAAAUAAGUCUAGACCAGUGGCUCCCAAACUGUGGGCAGGGACCCACUUUUGGACAGAACCCCCACCCCACCUAAGCCCCAUUUUCACCCAGGAGAAACCCUGCAUUGUCACGAAUAAUUUCAGAAUUCUACAGUACAUUUCUUGACAUUGGUCACCAGUACAUUCAGUUGAAUGUGUUGAAGACGAGGGUGGUUAUUCAUCUCUGUUUUUAUAUUUAGUCUCUGUUGUUCUCCCACCGCUCAACCCUUAUGAUGGGUCGCGACUCAAGAGACUCCUCAAUUUCUUUUUUUUUGGGGGGGGACAAUGGGUUAGACUACAGUAUAACUUAUUAUCUGGGGGGGGCUGGUUUAGACUACAGUAUAACUGGGGGGGGGGGGGGGGGGGGGGCUGGUUUAGACUACAGUAUAACUUAUUAUCUGGGGGGGGGCCUGGUUUAGACUACAGUAUAACUGGGGGGGGGGGCCUGGUUUAGACUACAGUAUAACUUAUUAUCUGGGGGGGGCUGGUUUAGACUACAGUAUAACUUAUUAUCUGGGGGGGGGGGCUGGUUUAGACUACAGUAUAACUUAUUAUCUGGGAGGGGGGGGGGCUGGUUUAGACUACAGUAUAACUUAUUAUCUGGGGGGGGGGCCUGGUUUAGACUACAGUAUAACUUAUUAUCUGGGGCGGGGGGCUGUAACUGUUAUUGAUCUGUGAUGGAUGUCUUAUGUGUUAUUAUGGUAGUCACCUUUUCAUGUUCUCAAAGGGGAAGCGGUUCUGUGUUAUUAUGGUAGUCACCUUUUCAUGUUCUCAACGGGGGCCCGGUUCUGUGUUAUUAUGGUAGUCACCUUUUCAUGUUCUCAACGGGGGCCCGGUUCUGUGUUAUUAUGGUAGUCACCUUUUCAUGUUCUCAACGGGGGCCCGGUUCUGUGUUAUUAUGGUAGUCACCUUUUCAUGUUCUCAAAGGGGAAGCGGUUCUGCUGGAUGUCUUAUGUUCUGCGGUUAGCUGCACUAACAGGACUGUUUAUCCUUUUAAUUUAAAGGGUUUCAAUUGGACGAUGACAUCUGGUACUGAAUAGAUGUCUCUCUAUACUAUAUGGAGAACAGUCUCUCUCUCACUCUCUCUCUCUCUCUCUCUCUAUACUAUAUGGAGAACAGUCUCUCUCUCACUCUCUCUCUCUCUCUCUCUCUCUCUAUACUAUAUGGAGAACAGUAAUACUGACAAGAGUUAUAGGCUUCUCUCUAGAUAGAGGGAGAGGCCAUCAAAAAUGUGAUCAUUAUUUAAAUCUAAGUAGUAGAUGAGGUGAAGACUGGGAGAUGAGCGACAGCCGUAUAAUUUAUACAGAUGUCUUUACACACAGGUGCAUAGGAUUUAUCUGUGUCUCUCUCUCUCUCUCUCUCUCUCUCUCUCUCUCUCUCUCUCUCUCUGUCUCUGUCUCUGUCUCUCUCUCUCUCUCUCUGUCUCUCUCUCUCUGUCUCUCUCUGUCUCUCUCUCUCUCUCUGUCUCUGUGAUUCUUUUAUCUUUUUAAUAUCGGGUGUCCAAUCAAAAACAUGUAUUUUGUCCAAUGGGUAAAAUGUUAAUUGUGUAGAUGAUACUCCUCUAGGAAAACCGAUAGUCCAAACCUCUAUCGUUGUCCAAACCUCCGCGUCUCUAUCGUAAUCCAAACCUCCACAUCUCUAUCGUAGUCCAAACCUCCACGUCUCUAUCGUUGUCCAAACCUCCACGUCUCUAUCGUUGUCCAAACCUCCACGUCUCUAUCGUUGUCCAAACCUCCACGUCUCUAUCGUUGUCCAAACCUCCACGUCUCUAUCGUAGUCCAAACCUCCACAUCUCUAUUGUUGUCCAAACCUCCACAUCUCUAUCGUAGUCCAAACCUCCACGUCUCUAUCAGUCCAAACCUCCACGUCUCUAUCAGUCCAAACCUCCGUGUCUCUAUCGUAGUCCAAACCUCCGUGUCUCUAUCGUAGUCCAAACCUCCACGUCUCUAUCGUAGUCCAAACCUCCACGUCUCUAUCGUUGUCCAAACCUCCACGUCUCUAUCGUUGUCCAAACCUCCACGUCUCUAUCGUAGUCCAAACCUCCACGUCUCUAUCGUAGUCCAAACCUCCACGUCUCUAUCGUAGUCCAAACCUCCACGUCUCUAUCGUAGUCCAAACCGCCACGUCUCUAUCGUAGUCCAAACCGCCACGUCUCUAUCGUAGUCCAAACCUCCACGUCUCUAUCGUAGUCCAAACCUCCACGUCUCUAUCAGUCCAAACCUCCACGUCUCUAUCAGUCCAAACCUCCACGUCUCUAUCAGUCCAAACCUCCACGUCUCUAUCGUAGUUCGAUCUGUUUUUUAUCCUUGUUAGAAUGGCCAAAAUGUGGGCGACUAAAUCAAUGGAGGCGCAGAGGAACAAAAGUGGUCAAAAAUAUAGAAAAUAGCAUUUGUGUCACCUAGGAUAAUUAUCUACCAGGUUUUACAAAAAAAAAAAUUGUAUUCGUCAUCUUGUCUAAUCCGGAGAACAUAGAACAAUAUGAAGUUACGAUGGGUAUUGACGUGUAGUAUUUGUUUAUGUUUUAGUUUAACUCGUUUCAUCUUAAUGACAAGUUCCUGUUCUUUUUCCAAAGACUUCCUGUCACAACAAAAAACAACAACACGUGUUUCUCUAACUUGUCAACAGAGCACUGAACAAACACCAAACUUUUUUCUUUUUUUUUUCAAAGCCUUUUACAUUUUCAUUGAGCCUUUUGCGACUUUGUAAACUUUGCGACGCUCAAAAGGUUUUUGGCGGUAAAACCGUUCGGUCAACGGAGUUCAGUGCUUUAUUUAUUAUCUAAUGUUUUAGGUUACAAAAUCACUUUUUUUUUUGUAAAUAAAGUUAAUUUUAUUUCAGAGACCUCCCCCCCCCCCCCUACUGAAUGAUUCAGAACGUGAACAAUCAUAUGUGUGUCUCGGUAAAAAUGUAGUUUCUAACAAAAGGAAGUGAAAUGUUUUCUCUGGGCAGAGUGGUGGGACAUCCUAUUAUUGAAUGUAAUACAGAAGACCACAUUGACUAGUAUUCAUGUCAACUAACAUCCUGGAGCUUCCUGUCAACUAACAUCCUGGAGCUUCCUGUCAACUAACAUCCUGGAGCUUCCUGUCACGUCGUUUCAUCCUAAGUAUCUCUGGGGUCUUCUGAGCUCCACCUAAAAAGGUACUUUGAUCAAUUUGUAUAUGUCCCAAAUGUCACCCUAUAUAGUGCACUACUUUAGACCAGGGCCCUAUAGAACCCUAUUCCCUAUAUAUAGUGCACUACUUUAGACCAGGGCCCUAUAGAACCCUAUUCCCUAUAUAGUGCACUACUUUAGACCAGGGCCCUAUAGAACCCUAUUCCCUAUAUAGUGCACUACUUUAGACCAGGGCCCUAUAGAACCCUAUUCCCUAUAUAGUGCACUACUUUAGACCAGGGCCCUAUAGAACCCUAUUCCCUAUAUAGUGCACUACUUUAGACCAGGGCCCUAUAGAACCCUAUUCCCUAUAUAGUGCACUACUUUAGACCAGGGCCCUAUAGAACCAUAUUCCCUAUAUAGUGCACUACUUUAGACCAGGGCCCUAUAGAACCCUAUUCCCUAUAUAUAGUGCACUACUUUAGACCAGAACCCUAUUCCCUAUAUAGUGCACUACUUUAGGCCAGGGCCCUAUAGAACCAUAUUCCCUAUAUAGUGCACUACUUUAGACCAGGGCCCUAUAGAACCCUAUUCCCUAUAUAUAGUGCACUACUUUAGACCAGGGCCCUAUAGAACCCUAUUCCCUAUAUAUAGUGCACUACUUUAGGCCAGGGCCCUAUAGAACCAUAUUCCCUAUAUAGUGCACUACUUUAGACCAGGGCCCUAUAGAACCCUAUUCCCUAUAUAUAGUGCACUACUUUAGUCCAGAACCCUAUAGAACCCUAUUCCCUAUAUAUAGUGCACUUAUUUAGUCCAGGGCCUGUAGUAGUGUACUGUAUAGAGAAAUAGGCUGCCAAUGGAUACUAGCUGAUACUAUAAUGAGAAGUCUUCCUAAUAUUUAUUUAACGAUACCUGGACAAGAGGGAAUCCAUCUUUCCUCAGAUCGGCCAUUUUAUUCUGUGUAACUGAAAUGCCUUAAUGUAAAUACCUGCUCUGUAAAUAACGUUCUGAUUUAAUUCGUUUUUUUUGCUCUUUUAUUUUAUUUUUUAAACAAAAGGGCAGAACUUACAAAAUGCCCCGCAUCAAUGCUGUGUGAUUUUGUUUGUUUGUUUUUAAAUAUUUUGAUGAUGGUAUUGUUUUUAUAUUUGUAAUUUGAACCUAUUUUCUAGUUUCCCUUUUGGUAGAAAUGAAACAAAUAAAAUUAUAAUCAAAUAAAUCUUG